AAAAGUUAAUAGCAUCGGAGAAAAUUGGUUAAAGAACACAACUUUAUUUGGAGCCGUCACUUGUAUAUGAGACCAUGUGCAUUGAAUGAUUUUUAACGAAAUUUAUAUCUGGAGUUGUAUUUUAAAAUUGUGUUCGUAGCAUUACUAUAACCCAGAAGUCUGAACCUUAAAAUCCCAUUCCCAAGUCAAGAAAUACUCAGAAGCCGUGGGUUAUAUUUUAUAGCAGCCACUGGAAUUCCUGAUUUCCAUUUUCCUGAUUCAAAACUUCUCUCCAGUACCUUCCUUUUCUUCCCUAUCUCUGUACACCCAAUUUGUGAAUGCCAAAUUCUACAAAAACCACCUCAACAACAAGUAGUAGUCACAAAAAAUGGGCAUCUCUGAUUCAAUUCCGGUCCACUUCUCACUAUCCUCCUCCUCUUCAAUUCUCGAUGUAAGCACUGUCGUUGCCAUCACUGUGUUUGUCGCCCUCCUCUGUGCUUGCAUCGUGAUUGGUCACCUCAUCGAGGAGCAUCGGUGGGCCAAUGAAUCGAUCACUGCCCUUCUUCUGGGUUUGGUGGCUGGGUUAGUGGUGUUAUUGAUCAGCAAAGGCCACAGCUCGCAAAUACUUACUUUCAGUGAAGAACUGUUCUUCAUCUAUCUGCUGCCCCCAAUCAUUUUCAACGCUGGUUUCCAGGUCAAGAAAAAGCAAUUCUUCAAGAACAUCUCGAUAAUAUUGAUGUUCGGAAUAAUUGGCACAAUUAUAUCGUUCUGUCUCAUAUCACUCGGGGUCGGUUUGCUAUUCAAAAGGAUUGGUGUGACAACCCUGGAUAUUAAAGAUUACUUAGCUAUUGGUGCCAUACUAUCAGCCACAGAUUCCGUUUGCACGUUGCAGGUCCUCAAUCAAGAUGAUACACCCUUCCUUUACAGUGCCAUCUUUGGGGAGGGAGUAGUGAAUGAUGCUACCUCGAUUGUGCUUUUCAAUUCAGUCCAAUCGCUUAAUAUCAGCAACAUUGAUGCUUUGACAGCCUUGAAAUUAUUGGGAACCUUCCUUUACCUCUUCUUCAGUAGUACUGCACUUGGAAUAGCAGUGGGGCUUUUAAGUGCAUUUGGCAUAAAGACACUUUACUUUGGAAGACAUUCCACAGAUCGUGAAGUUGCAAUCAUGAUGCUUCUGGCCUAUUUGUCAUACAUGGUGGCUGAGGUGCUCAAUCUUAGUGGGAUUUUGACUGUUUUCUUUUGUGGCAUUGUCAUGUCUCACUACACAUGGCACAAUGUUACUGAAAGCUCAAGGGUAACAACCAAGCAUGGAUUCGCUACAAUUUCAUUCAUUUGCGAAACCUUCAUAUUCUUGUAUGUGGGUAUGGAUGCAUUAGACGUAGACAAAUGGACAGCCAGCGAAGCAAGUCCCCUAACUUCAGUUGCUGUCAGCUCAACUCUCUUUGGACUGGUGUUGGUUGGGAGGGCAGCAUUUGUGUACCCUCUUGUGAAUAUUUAUAAUUGCUUCGCUAAAAAAGACAGUGACAAGAUUAUUUUCAAGCAACAGUUUAUCAUGUGGUGGGCAGGCCUAAUGAGAGGUGCAGUUACCAUUGCUUUAUCUUACAACCAGUUCUCGGAUGAUUCUUCCUCUGAGUCAGCAUUAAUGAUCACAAGUACGAUAAUUGUUGUUCUGUUUAGCACAGUGUGUGUAUCAAACAGGUGUUCGGUUCAGUGACAAAGCCUCUGAUCGAAGCAGUGCUGUUAAGAAAUGCAAAGCCAACGGUCUCAGAUGCAACUGAUUCUCCAAGCCUAGAAGAUCUUAGACUUCUGUUCCUCGAAAAUGGUGAUCCAGUUGAUGAGAGUAGCAACCAACCGGUCCGUAAGAGAAGUAGUCUAAGGUUGUUAAUGGCAAACCCCACGUCUACUGCUCACUACUUUUGGAGAAAAUUUGAUGACAGAUUCAUGAGACCAGUUUUCGGUGGAAGGGGCUUUGUUCCAUUUGUUCCAGGUUCACCAACUGGUGCAGCAGAUGAAACUUCUUAAGAAGUGUAAAGGUGAACAACAUGUUUACCGUUGAUUUUGCUUCUGUAAAAUAGAAAAGUAUGAGUAAGAUAUGAGUAGCAACUCGCAAUCGUGUACAUUAGAGCUGAUUUAAUUUAUUGAAUACUUUGCGAAAUGUUCAGUUCAUUAUACCAUGGAAUAAAAGUGCAUGUUGUUACUA